ACAUUCUGCCUCAACUUCCCCAUUUCUCAAUAUAUAAUAACUAAUUUCCAUAAUUGAAUCGAGUUUCAAGUUUUGGCGGCUGGGUUUUCAGGAUGGUGGGGAGGAGGAGGAAGCCUCUUGUGCUCUCUUCCACCAAAGUUAUCGUCAACUCGGUGCUGAGUUCUACGCGACCCAAUGAAGCCGAUCCAACUAAUUUUUCUGGUGAUGGUUUGCGUUUGAAGGCGGGGGUUCUAAGGGUUUCGAAGGACAAAUUUGAUGUUUCAGAUCCCAAAUUAGCUUCACUUGACGAUUCUGCUUUGAUAGGGCUCUCUACUUCUACAUUGAAGAGACUAUCCGUAACUUCUGGCUCGCUGGUACUUGUUAGAAACUUGGACGCAAAGAUACAAAGAAUUGCUCAGAGUGUUGUUUUAGAUCCUCCAAAUGCCCAUGUCGACAUGUCUCCACAAAAAGAACCGAUUUCCGAUCCUCCGCGGAUAAUGCUUGUAUUUCCAUCAUACAGUUAUCCUCCCAAUGACUCUGUAUUAUUGGACCGAGAUGUUGCCUAUGUGUCUCCCCUGUUAGCUUUUAACCUUAACCUGCACAUAUCAUGUUUGAGAUCCCUUGUCUAUAAAGGAAAAGAGACUUUAGCAUCCCUCUUUGAAGGUAAUGUGGAUGAUAAGGCUUGCAGGGGAGAUACUGAUGCUUCUGUUAUCAGAUUAUGGUUGGAACCUUUGGGUCGACUGCCCAAAUAUGCUUCACAUUUAAGGGUUUCCUUUGUUAAGAUACCGGAAUGCAGUUCCCUCGAACCGCUGAGAGGAACUUCUUCUAUUGAAGCCAAAUAUCGCCAGGAGCUGAUUGAUUCAGCAUUACACAAGUAUUUUGAAGUGGAUAGAUAUUUAACAAGGGGAGAUGUUUUCAGCAUUUUCUUAAAUUGGAAUUGCAAUUCAGCCAUUUGCAUUCCUUGCUGCUCAAGGUUGCAAAAUCAGAAUGAUAAUACCAUCUAUUUCAAGGUUGUUGCUGUGGAGCCAUCAGAUGAAACCAUUCUUCGAGUCAAUCACACUCAGACUGCUCUAGUUCUUGGAGGGAGUGUUCCGUCUGCUGUUCCCCCUGAUUUGUUAAUUUCAGGGGCAAAAAAUUUUGCCCCUUUGCAAGAGGACACUGUGAAGAUUUUAGCAUCCAUUCUUACGCCACCUCUAUGUCGAUUACCACUUUCUUUGAAGUUUAGAGUUUCUGUUCUACUACAUGGUCUACCAGGGUGUGGGAAGAGGACUGUCGUUAGAUAUGUUUCUAAGAGACUGGGUCUACAUGUAGUUGAAUAUAGUUGCCACGACCUGACAGCAUCUUCUGAGAAGAGGACCUCUGCUGCUUUGACUGAAGCUUUCAACAAUUCACAAAGAUACUCACCAACAAUACUUCUACUACGCCAUUUUGAUGUUUUCCGGAAUUUGGCCUCCCAUGAAGGUUUACCAAGUGACCAAAUUGGACUUUCCUCUGAAGUUGCAUCAGUCAUCAGAAAGUUCACUGAACCAGUUGCUAAUGAUGAAGAUGGUUAUGCUGACGAGUCAAAUGGUGAUCUGGCUGUAAAGGACAGUGGAAAUGUCGGUAGGCACCAGGUGCUGUUAGUUGCUGCUGCUGACAGUUCUGAAGGCCUGCCACCAGCUAUUAGGCGUUGUUUCAGCCAUGAAGUAAAGAUGGGUCCCUUGACCGAAGAACAGAGGGCUGAAAUGUUGUCCCAGUCACUGCAAGGUGUUUCUGAACUCCUUUCUGAUACUUGCUUAGAGGAUUUUGUGAAGGACAUGGUAGGACAGACAUCUGGAUUCAUGCCUCGGGAUUUGUGUGCUUUAGUUGCUGAUACUGGUGCUAACUUAAUCUCCAAGAGCAAUUUUCAAACUGACAAAGCAGAAUUCUCACUAUCAGGUGAUUCAAUUGAAGCGGUACAAGAUACAUCAAGUAAUACUGUAGCUCAUUCAAGGGGAAAAGAAAACUUGGAAAAAGCAUUGGAGAGGUCAAAGAAGAGGAAUGCAUCUGCAUUAGGGGCUCCUAAGGUUCCUAAUGUGAAAUGGGAAGAUGUUGGUGGGCUGGAGGAUGUGAAGAAAUCAAUAUUGGACACUGUUCAGUUACCUCUCCUGCAUAAGGAUUUAUUUUCAUCUGGCUUGCGUAAACGUUCUGGUGUUCUUCUAUAUGGUCCUCCAGGAACAGGGAAAACUUUAUUGGCAAAAGCUGUGGCAACCGAGUGUUCCUUAAAUUUCCUUAGCGUGAAAGGGCCAGAACUAAUUAACAUGUACAUAGGAGAGUCGGAGAAGAAUGUUCGAGACAUUUUUCAGAAGGCCAGAUCAGCCCGGCCAUGUGUCAUUUUCUUUGAUGAACUCGAUUCUCUUGCUCCUGCUCGAGGUGCUUCUGGAGAUUCUGGGGGUGUUAUGGAUAGAGUGGUUUCUCAGAUGCUUGCAGAGAUUGAUGGCCUUAAUGAUUCCAGCCAGGACCUAUUUAUUAUAGGAGCAAGCAACAGACCAGAUCUUAUUGACCCAGCUCUUCUAAGGCCUGGUAGAUUCGACAAACUGCUAUAUGUUGGAGUUAAUUCUGAUGCAUCUUACCGAGAACGAGUUCUUAAAGCACUUACCAGAAAGUUUACGUUGCACGAAGAUAUAUCCCUCUACUCGAUUGCGAAGAGAUGCCCACCAAACUUCACCGGUGCAGAUAUGUAUGCCUUAUGUGCAGAUGCUUGGUUUCAUGCUGCAAAGCGUAAGGUGUUGAGUUCAGACUCAUCUUCCACUGAUCAAGCUGAUUCCAUUGUUGUAGAAUAUGAAGAUUUUAUAAAGGUGUUGGGAGAGCUUUCGCCAUCCCUUUCCAUAGCAGAGCUUAAGAAAUAUGAAAUGCUUCGAGAUCAGUUUGAAGGCUCUUCAUCUUGAACGUCAGGUGAAUUGUCAAAUUACAUAUUUUUACAGAAACACAAUAAAAUAUGCCCCAAAAAAGCCAAUAUAUCAUUUCUUUUAUACCUCUGUCAAUA